CCGGAGGAGGAUUUCCAUUCGAUAUAUUAUCGUGUGAGGUGGCACUCGGCAUCGCGCCGUGCAAUGACCCGACUCGUCACUGCAUCAUCCCCGUCGGCCGCGAUCCCUCUAGCCAGCAGCAGCAGCUCCCGUCAAACGGAUCCGUACCACGACGUCACGGCGCGGCCACCGUCCACGUGGUUGAAAACGGUAGCUCCAUUUCGAACGUUGCCGCAAACGCGCGCGGCGACCGGCCGCAUCGUGUCGUUCGUGGAUAUUUGCCUGCGGUCGUUCGGCCAAUGCUGCUUUCAAAACUCGCCACUGACAGGACUCGUAUUUGUUGUUGCGCUGGCGACGUCGGCACACGGACCAGCCAUGGUUGGGUUGGCUUUGUUGGGUUGCAUGUCGGCCAACUUGUUUGCCAUCACGAUGGGCUUCCACGAGCCCUUGAUUGCCGCUGGGCUCUUUGGCUACAACGCCACCCUCGUCGGGUGCGCGUUUCAGGCGUUCGUGGUCGGGGACGCUCCAUGGACGUGGGAAGCUCACGCGCACAUCCUGGUGGCGGUGCCGUGUCUGUCGGUGCUGUCGGUGCUUGUGGCCUCGGCGGCCUCGAGUGUGCUGCCUCCAGGGACCCCUGGCCUUACGAUAGCGUUCCAGGUGACGGUGUGGAGUUGGUUGCUGGCCACACACACCUGGUCCCCGGCCGUUGCAGCUCCGUUCGCGCCAUCGCCUGGCUUGUACAUGCCGCUCCAUGGGAGCGCCGCCGCCGUCGCGACGGCCAGAUCGUACGACAUGGCCAAAGUUCAGGUCGCAGUGGCAUCGGGGGUGGCGCAAUGCUGCUUGGCGUCCGAGUGGUACGUCGGGCUGGCCAUGGUGGUUGGCAUUGCCCUGUGCUCGCCGAUCUCGGCGUUUUAUGCCGCGGUCGGGUCCACAGUGGGGACGUUCAUGGCGGUGGCGGUCGGCGCGCCGCCGGAACAAAUCUACCUCGGUCUGUAUGGAUUUAAUGGCGCGUUGUGUGCGAUCGCGCUGGGUGGAUUCUUCGUCUUGGCGAACGGCGUCCACCCCAACAUGUUGGUCGCUGUGGGCAUUCUUGGGUCGACGUUGCUCAUGAGCACCACGAUCGGAGCGUUUGGACCCGUCGGCCUCCCUGCGCUAUCGUGGCCAUUCACAUUCAUGACGUGGUGCAUUCUCGUGUCAGCGACGUCGAUGAAGCGCGUGGUCUUGAUUCCUCUCGACGAGCUGCAGACCCCCGAAGAUCACUGGGAGCACCACCACGAACGAACCCGUCGCACGAUGCGACCGUCCCACCCACCGCCGUGCUUUGAUUCAUGAAAUCGACGUGUUUGUCAAAGUCCGAGCCUGUGGCGCCGUUCAAGUCUAAAUACUUUUCUCACGCGCUGUGUUGGAUUCAACCUCUUGAUGCGGGACGCAUGAUUCCGACUCGACACGCGUUGGAAUGUGCAUGUCACGCGUGGCAUGGCCGCCGCCGUUGUGGGAGGGCCGUUUGACAGGCAAAGACAUGUGUGCAGGCUCCACGAGGUUACAAGUGGUUGUGGUAAAACGACGACUGCUCGUCGUGCUGCGCGGUGGUUUCGAUGCCCCGCUUGACGAGGCCCGAGUGCUUGCCGCGCUGCACGACGUCUCGAAUAAUGUCGGCCUUGUCGUGCUGCCACCGCUCGCGUUCUUUGUACAAUUGGGCGAUUUUCGGGGUCGGCGGGUUGUGAAACAGGAACGAGUCUUGC